AUGAUGAGUGACGGAUUAUAUGCAAGCGGCGAAUCGAAAAGAUCAAGCGUUGGGGAAAACAGUUUGGAUUCUUUAGAGUCUGAAGAGGAUGAUGAUAUGUCUGAUGAUUCUACAGAUAAUUCGGAAGAAUCAAGCGAUGAAGAAAACCUUUUGGAAUAUCAGACGAGCUCGAUGAUUCGUGAUAUGAUUGAUGAUAUGUAUCGUGAGAUGGUUCAUGAUAUGUAUGCUGAUAUGUAUGAUGAUUUAACAAAAGAUCUGGAUGCAGCUCGUAUCCCUUCCUUUAGCGCACUACAAACCUCCAAGAAGCAACUCUUUGAGCGCCCAGAUGACAAGACUACGGUGCUUAAUACAAUGAUGGUCCUCAAUAAUCUAUCUGGUGUGAGGAUGUGGUCGCCUUUAUACCUUGCUUCCAUGCGUCAUAUUCAGGCUGAUGUUAUUCACAGAGAGGCCUUCUUAGCAUUUUCUGAUUCGGAGGAUAAGAUUUGCUACUUAGAGUACAAGACUGGCAAAAAGAGAGAUGAAUGACUCUGUUACGAUUCUGACUUUUGUUAUGGCUCCUUGUGUAUUACUUUUGCUUAGUAAAAUGGUUACCUAUUGAAUGUGAAGAUUUUCAGUUUGAUUGAUCUUGUAAUGUACUCGGGAAAAAAAAACAAUCAAUCAAAUGUGAAUCACAAACUUCUGUCAAUCAGUUUUUGACUUUUAGAAGUCUGCAAGAGGGAUGCUUCAAAGAAGUAAUGUAAUUCUAUUUGCUGUAAUCUACAAUUAACCAACAUUUCUACCCACAUGUGGGUUUUA